CUCUAUAUAUAUGAGCUAGCUCAGCCACACAUCUUGCAUAAUUUUUCUAGCUCCUUCUAUAAAUUACCAGUGUCAGUGGUUCUUAUAAUGUAUAUGGCCACUCAAAUAAUAUAGAACUUCAUUCUAAACCAAACUCAUCAUAUCUAUAUUUCUGAUAUCCUGAAGAGAUGGCUGAGGGUAAAGUAGCAACAGCUCAGAAAUCUCUUCAGGAUUUUGAUCCUCAAAAGAGCCCCAAAAGGAACAAGUAUGCUUUCGCUUGUGCCAUUUUGGCUUCCAUGACUUCCAUAUUACUUGGCUAUGAUAUUGGGGUGAUGAGUGGAGCGGUUAUAUAUAUAAAGAGAGACCUGAAAUUGACGGACGUGCAAAUUGAGAUCCUGGUAGGGAUCAUAAACCUUUACUCUCUCAUAGGUUCGUGCCUCGCCGGAAGAACCUCCGACUGGAUCGGACGCCGUUACACCAUCGUCCUCGCCGGAAGCAUCUUCUUCACGGGAGCCAUCCUCAUGGGAUUCUCUCCAAACUAUGCCUUUCUGAUGUUCGCGCGCUUCAUCGCCGGCGUCGGCAUCGGCUACGCCCUCAUGAUUGCACCCGUCUACACCACCGAAGUCUCACCCCCUUCCUGUCGUGGCUUCCUCACCUCCUUCCCCGAGGUAUUCAUCAAUGGAGGGAUAUUACUAGGAUACAUAUCAAACUACGGAUUUUCGAAGCUACCACUUCACCUGGGAUGGAGGAUGAUGCUGGGAGUGGGCGCGCUUCCAUCGGUGAUCCUCGCAGUCGGAGUCUUAGCCAUGCCGGAGUCCCCGCGGUGGCUGGUCAUGCGUGGCCGCCUCGGAGAAGCCACGAAAGUGCUCAACAAAACCUCCGACUCCCUCGAAGAGGCCCAGCUCCGGCUAGCCGACAUAAAAGCCGCGGCCGGGAUCCCGGAGUCCUGCAGCGACGACGUCGUUGAGGUGACCAAACAAAGCCACGGCGAGGGCGUGUGGAAGGAGUUCUUCCUCUACCCUACGCCGGCGGUGCGGCACAUCCUGAUCGCCGCCCUCGGCAUCCACUUCUUCCAGCAGGCUUCGGGAAUCGACGCCGUCGUUUUGUACAGCCCGGAGAUCUUCAAGAAGGCCGGCCUGGAAUCCGACGCGGAGCAGCUCCUGGCGACGGUGGCCGUUGGGUUCGCCAAAACGGUUUUCAUCUUAGUGGCGACGUUUCUGCUGGACCGGGUGGGGCGUCGGCCGCUUUUGCUGACCAGUGUUGGCGGAAUGGUGUUGUCGCUCCUGGCGCUGGGCCUGGGCCUGACCGUGAUUGAGCAGUCGCGCGUGGUGCUAAAGUGGGCCGUUGGGCUGAGCAUAGGGACUGUUUUGUCGUACGUGGCGACUUUCUCGAUUGGGGCGGGGCCCAUCGCGUGGGUGUACAGCUCGGAGAUAUUUCCGUUGAGGCUACGCGCGCAGGGUGCGGCGAUGGGAGUUGUGGUGAAUAGGGUGACGAGUGGGGUGAUUUCGAUGACUUUCUUGUCGCUCUCUGAUAAGAUUACCAUUGGUGGGGCCUUCUUUCUCUUUGGGGGAAUCGCUGCCUGUGGCUGGAUCUUCUUCUAUACCAUGCUCCCCGAAACACAGGGCAAGACCCUUGAGGAGAUGGAAGGCUCUUUUGGUAAAUUCGCAGCCUGGUCCAAGUCCAACCACAAGGACAAUCCCCAAAUCCAAUUAGCCAAUUAGCCAAUUAGCCAAUUAGCCAAUUAGCCAAUUAGCUUGCUUCAUACUUUUCAUCGUCAGUAACUAUCUACUGCACUGCGUUGUAAUAUGAGAGUUAUCCAAGUGUGCGUGGUAAUCUAUUCCAAUACUACGCUUCUAAAAUAUUAGUACUAAUUAAUGUAACAUUUCCUUUUUCCUGUUGAUAUUUCAUCAUUUUACCUA